AUGUCCGAUGUUCUGGAAAAAAGUUUUAUAGAAGCAUUACCAUCUAAAUUAUAUUAUAGAAAACAUUUUGAAUCAAACGUCGAAUACUGCUACGGGUUUAAUGAAAAGGACAAAUUUAUACAAAAAAGAAAUGAGUUUAAUAAUUAUGAUAACAUUAAACAUAUAGAAGACAAGCUUAUGAGGGCUUUGUGUUACGUAGCUUUUACUAAUGAAGGAGAUGGAUGUAAAGAAAAAUGUCGAAAUUUGUACUAUUGGUUAGGCAAUGAAUUGUUAUUAAGUAAUUUAGAGGAAAGUUCAUUUUCUAAAGUUAUUGGAAUACUUAAUGAUAUUUCAAAUGUUCUUUUUGAUCCUGGUAAAUGCAAAUGUACUUUUUUUAAAGAUAUUAAUAAGGAGAAGUUUGAAAAAAUGAAAAUUGUGUAUGAUUAUUGUAAUGAUCAUGGCAGCAUUGAAAGUACACUGAAACAAUACAAUAAUGUGUGUGACAAUAAUUUAAAUGAAUAUCUUGUUAAAGCUAAUAGUGCUUAUAAUGAAAUAUAUAAUUGUACAAAAAGAAACCUUGAACUGUAUUGUAUGCAACUUAAAACACAUGUUUCUAGUUGUUUUGAAAAAACGCUAUCUCCUUUGACAUGUAAAAUAGAGGAUGUGUCCCCAGAAAACCGAGUUUCAAGCCGUUAUGGUACUACUCAUAUUGAUCAAGAAUAUGUAAUUAAAGGAUCUGCCUUUAGUUCAUCUCAAAUUUUCCUUUUCUUUGUUCUACCUUUUAUUGGCAUUUUCUUCGUUGGCUUUCUUUUAUAUAAAUUUACACCAAUUGUAUCAUGGAUACAUACUAACGUAUUAAAGAAAAAAUCAAUUAGACGUAAUUUGGAUGAAAUGGAUAUACUAGAAUUAACAGGAUACACGAAUGAACAAAGAAAAUCAAAUUUAGGUAGAAAACAACUAAAUGUAGCAUAUCAUGCCGCAUGA